AUAGGUACAUUCGUUCGAAAGACAGAUACGGUCGUAAACAAGAAUAAGGGUGAAUUAGUCCAAUAAAAAGUACGACGGUAAAACUUACUGUAUAUGUUUUUUUCUUGCGGUUGUUCGAUCAAAUCUAGGACUUGGUCAUUUCACUCCGACCUCGCUUCACUUGAUAUCAGGAUUAUUCACCCUUAUUCUUGUUUACGUUCGAAAAGGAUUCUUUCGAAAGUAUCGCUAAUUCGCAUUCCCGUUUUCGUUCGAAGCAAAUUCGAACCAUUCGAUCUUUCGAACAUCAAUCAUUCGUAUGUUUGGUCCAGAGUGGAUCUAUAUGACAUUUGACAGUAAAUUUGACAUUCCAAUUGGAAAAGUCUCUUUGUUAGUCUCUCGCCAGUUCUGAAAGCAGAAAUCAAAAAUAAUUGGAAAAUACUUGCAAAUAUAGGCAAGAAUUUUUUCUCUAUUCCUGGUUCAUAUCUCAAUAAUCAUGUCAGGUCACCAAUAUGUUCCGAAUCCGACGAAUUUAUUCGCGGACGAUGACGAUGUCGAUGAUCAGCUAUUUCUUCGUAAUGCAAGAAGACCAGGAAGUAGUAGUGUAAGCCCAUCUGCAGACCAUCAAGGAGGAUACAAGUUGGAUCAGUACCGUACAAAUUAUUUAUCACAAAACUAUGAAUCAGUUGAGGGAGACAAAUUUUGUUCAUCCAACAGUGGAAAAGUUCGAGGGGAUAAUUUAGGGCCAAAUUUUACACGCCCGGAUGUUCUUGGACCAGAACCUUUUGGUCAAUCGGGUGGAAGCUAUAGCAAUUACGGCAACCAAACAGCAGGAGAAUACGUAUCGGAUUCCUACGGCACAACUGCGUCCGUGGCCACUUCUCCCUAUAAUACAAAAAACUUUCGACAAGCGCCUGGUUCUGCAAUUUAUAGCGAUUCCGAUAUAGAUGACGAGAUAAUCCAACAGCAGCAAUCGUUUGAGUCUAGAAGAAGAGAACUGGAAGAGAGCACCUUGCUUACGUCUCAGCGGUGCCUAGGAGUAUUACGGGAAACCGAACAGGUGGGAAUUGCCACGGCCGAAGAAUUACAUCGCCAGCGUGAGCAGUUGGACAAAACUAAGAAACAAUUAGACGAGAUCAAUAAUUCGCUGCGAUUCAGUCAAAAACACCUUAAUAGUCUUAAAAGUGUUUUCGGAGGACUGAAAAAUUAUCUUUCUGGAAGAAUGAGUCAGGAUCAACAGCAAAACAGUUCAACUGGAAUGUCUCGAGCCAACCUAACACCAUCUCCUCCAGAGGAAGUGUAUCCGAACCCGCAGGAUUUUCGAAUUCCCGAUAAUUAUUGGCCAGAUGCAGCCACUCGUAGACCUAAUUACAACUCAUCGCAGGAAAUGACACAUACUAAUGGUCCAAAUGUAUCCACCGGAGGAUUCAGUCAGCAGUUGGAUCAGAACUUGGAUGACAUGCGGGGCAAUUUAUCACGUCUCAAAAACCUUGCUUUGGAUUUGAAUCAAGAGAUAGACAGUCAAAAUGAUCUGAUCGAUGAUAUUUCUAAUCGGGUUGAAGAUGUUGACGUUAAAAUCGGCAAACAAAGCAAAGAAAUGAAUCGGUUAUUGCGUAAGUGAUUUGUUUAAUUUCUUGUGAAGUAUGAUAAAGAAUCUAGAAAAUCGUUUAAUAAUUUACACAGGACCGUAUCAAAUCCCGCCUUCUACUUUCCGUAUUUCGUAAGCACUAAAAACUGUAAAUGAAUCAUUAUUUUCUCAAACUUUUUCCAAUCUAUAGGUAGAAAAAAAGUAUUGAAAAACUAAAAUCCUCUGAAAUAUAGCUAGACUUACUCAUACUCUAGACUCUGAUAAAACGGAUAAAACAUAGCUACAUUGUACAUUAUUAUUUUGACUGUAUGGUCAUUUAAAUCAAUAUGAAAUAACGGCACUUAUAAACAUUCUCGAAAAGUUUUCAUCUUUAUUCAGUGGUAUAAACAAAUACUUGAGAUUGAGGAUUAAGUAUGUAGCUGCAUAACACUAGAAGCAUAAAAUAAAUGUUUAAAGGUCGUCAUUUUAGUUUUUUUUAAAGAACAAUAGACCAUUUCCGUGAACUUUU